AUGCCGAACGACGAACGAGAGCUUGACAGAAUGGGUACUCUCCGACGCUAUCCCCAAUCGUCUUUCAAGCUAACCAGCGCCGUAGACUUGGUGCACCACAUGUGCCUGCUCACUCUAGAUGACCGUCUCGGAAUCGCCCCACCCUGCCGCGAAGAUGCCAAGGUUGGUCGGGUUCUCGACGUCGGCACAGGCACGGGCAUUUGGGCAAUCCAAUUCGGAGACGACCAUCCGGAAGCUGAUAUCUUGGGUGUUGACCUCUCUGCAACUCAGCCGAGCGAGUUUGAGAUUGACGAUAUCGAGGACGUGUGGACAUUCUCGCAGCCAUUUCAGUAUAUCCACAGCCGAUUUAUGAGCUCCAGCAUCGGCGACUGGAGACUUUUCCUCCAAAGAUGCUACGACAACCUGGAGCCUGGUGGCUACGUGGAGCUUCAAGAGACCGCCAUCGUCGCCAAGUCUGAUGACGACACAUUGAAGCCCGAGCAUGCCCUGUCCAAGUGGUCAAACUAUCUCGUGGAGGCGUCUAUGAAGCUCGGCGCCGCGUGGGUCGAUACUCCGGAGCUAAGGCAGCUCAUGGUUGAUAUUGGCUUCGAAGAUGUAGCGUUGAGCACGUAUAAGUGGCCGACUAACCCUUGGCCAAAGGACCCGCACUUUAAGGAGCUUGGUAUGUGGAAUAACGAGGCUUUGAUGACUGGUUUGGAGGCGAUUACAAUGGCACCCAUGACGCGUGCGUUGGAGUGGCUCCCUGAGGAGGUCAGAGUGUUCCUCAUUGAUGUCCGUAAGGAAGGAAACGACCGGAACAUUCACGCAUACUGGCCCCAGUAA